AAUCCUAUCCUCAACCAAUUAAUCUGAACCUGACCUUGAAGUCUAGCCCGCUGUCAUUAAAGUUCUGAUGUUAAAACGUCAAGCGAGAUUACGUAGAGAAUUUAUCUAUAGAAGAUCUAUCGAAGUUCGGGAUGCUGAAGACGAAAAAAAGAAAAAACUGUUGAAAGCUGCCUUAGCUGAGGGAAAAUCCUUACCUAAAGAAAUCCAGAAGGAUGCAUUACAGUUAAACGAAGAGCUAGACUGGAGUGAUGAUGGUGGUGAAGGAGUUGCUACUAACCAAGAUGAUGAGUAUUUUUGGGCUGGGACUGAAGAUCCUCGAGUUGUUGUCACGACAUCACGCUCUCCUAGCUCCAAAUUAAAAGAAUUCGCCAAAGAAUUACGUUUCCUUGUUCCGAAUGCAACAAAGAUUAACAGAGGAAAUUACCUUAAUAAAGAUUUAUUAGAAGCUUGUCUAGCAAAACAGAUCACUGAUGUAGUUAUUGUCAAUGAAUCAAGAGGUGUUCCAGACACCUUGAUUAUUAGUCACCUACCGUUUGGUCCAACUGCCAUUUUCACUUUAUUUAAUGUACGUACACGUCAUGAUAUGGAGACUAUGGGAUGCGGGUCAGGCGCUAAAAUGCCACAAAGUUAUCCUAACCAUAUCUUUAAAGGACUCAAUUCUAAACUAGGUCAGCGUGUUCGGUGUAUUCUGAAGCAUCUAUUCCCAGUACCGAAGGAUGAUUCGAAACGUGUGGUUACGUGGUAUGAAGAAGCAGAUGUCAUAUGUUUUCGGCAUCACACAUAUAAGUAUGUGGACAAAAAGUUGGAGCUAACUGAACACGGUCCAUCAUUCGAUAUGCGCUUAUAUAAAAUUUGGCGUGGACCAUUGCAUGAAGAAUCCACAGCAGACAUUGAAUGGGUCUACCGGCCGUAUAUGACUACAACAUUCAAAAGACACUUUCUUUCUGAAGAAGCAACUUCAUAAAAUGUAUAUUAUCUUGUAUAUAAAAUUUAAAAAAACUUUUAUUGAAUAAACUGAUUGCAUUAUUUUCCUUAUUUCUGUAAAAAAAACUCGGUUAGAAAUAAUAUUUUCUAACCAAGUCGUUGUAAGCUAUUGCAACUUUCUUCACACAUUUAGUGUGCACGAAUAAGAUGUUAAUCUUCGCUAAGGGAUGUUUAGGUGAACGUGUUGGUUACAGCCAGUAAAUAAUGCUGUUAAGUGUGUGAAAUAUGAGGUAAAACGUUUUAUUAUGUCGGUAUUUAUAUUAAAAUAAAAUCAUUUGCUUCCUUA